AAUUCUUUUACUAUGUUUUGUGCUUCAAUAGACUUGAGUAUUAUUGCUCUUAUCCUUGCCAAUCUAGUAUUUAUGGGAGGAGGACUAGGCCUGGUGUUUUCUGGAGGGUUGCUACUAGAAGACACGGAGAGAAUACUCACUUCUCGGUUGAUACUCACCUCUUUGACUGAGCCUCUGUUCUACUACAUCGCUCUCUCUCUCAUGAUGCUUGGUCUUAUACUCACUGCUCUGUCUGUUCUUGGAUGUUGGGCAGCACAUCUUGAUAACUACUGCGUCCUUUCUUUUUACCUGUUUUCCCUCCUUCUACUCCUGGUUGGGGAGAGUGUUGUUGGAGUGUUGGCGCUACUGUGUCCUCAGUAUCUUGGUCUUACCCUGGACAGGGAGAUGUUGCAAGACAACUGGCAAAGGACCUAUGGAGUUCCAGGUCGAGAACAGUACACCGCGGCCAUAGACCUCGUACAGACUCAGCUGCAAUGCUGCGGAGUGGAGAGCGGAAAUGACUUUACUGCGUCCUGGUGGAGACUGCGAGAACUAGCUCCGGCGUCGCUGGUUGUGCCUCUGUCUUGCUGUGUACAACAACAUCCUGUUGCCUUCCUGGACCCUCGGCCUGUCAAUACUAGCCUGUGUCAACAUGAGGACGUGGAACAGUACAGGCUGGCCAGGAGUGUGGAGGGUUGUUUCAACAAACUUUCAUCAUGGCUGCAGUCUCACAUCUCUCUUGGGCUAACAGCUGGUCUUGCCUUGCUGAGUCUCCAGUUACUUCUUCUUCUGCUCACUGUUGUGUCUUGUGUUAAGAGAGCGCAGGCCCCUGCACCACCACCGGCUCUACCUCCUAAACUACUCAACAAGGUUCACAACUCAUUUCCUUACAGUGGUUCCUGAAAGUUUGUUUACAAAAGAAGUUGAACAAAGAAGCUUAACUAACUAGGUUGGCUUUGCUUAUUUUUUAUUGUAGGUUUACUAAUCAGAGAUUUUGUUAAGUAAAAUGCCUUUUAUUGAUUUAAGUGUCAUGUGUACAAGGCAAAAAAUU